AUGAAGUGGAUUCGAGUUGUGGCCAUAACAGGAUGUGACAGCGGCCUUGGCUGGGCACUAGCGGCCCGACUAGCUCGGGAAGGUCUUGUUACAGUAGCAGGCAUGUAUAAGGGCACGAACACCGAGGCUUCCAAAGCCCUGAGAGCCCUGUGUGCUCAUCCUCAUAUAUUGGAUGUGACGAGGCCCGAAAGCAUUGCCAAUUUUUAUGAUUAUGUUAAAUGUCUUUUAGAAAAAAAUCCCAAUUACAGAUUAUAUGCCCUGAUCAACAAUGCUGGAGUAAUGACCAUAGCUGACUAUGAAGUGCAACCACCAGAAAUAUUUGAAAAUACAAUAAAUGUAAACUUAAUGGGUCCUAUGAGAAUGGUGUCAACAUUUCUACCUGAGCUUAGAAAAAAUGCUUCCGAGGGUUUUAAACCUCGUAUAAUUAACGUCGCCAGCCACUGCGGUCUGCAGCCACUGCCUGGCUUUGCCCCGUACAGCGGUAGUAAGGCAGGCUUGCUUGCGUGGACGCGUGCUCUACGGCUAGAACAUUUUGGUACCGGGCUGAGUGUAGCGGCGUUUAUACCAGGAGGAUUCGUUAGUAUCAGCAACCUCAUGGCCAAUCAGAAAAGCCAAGAAGAAAUAAUCUUAAAACAUUUGAACAACGAGCAAAAACCGAUUUACGAAACCAAAAUCAAAACAUUAAAUAAUUAUCUGUGUCCAAAUGUACAGGCACCUAGUUUCGAUGCUAUGAAAGACGAAAACUUAAUCGAAACUUUCAUGAAAGCUGUAUUGUCAGAAAAUCCAAAAUUACAAUACAAAGUGGAAUCUUGGCGUUACAAGUUUUACUACACUUUGUUUAAAAUACCUUUUCCUGAAAUUGUACAUCUUUGGCUUAUUAAGAAGUUUUUGAGAUUUCCAGUUUAA